AAGACGCAAAUCGUUAAGUGACUAUUGAGGCAUUUUACCUUAGUAAUAAUAUUCAGUCCUCUAGCAAAAUAACGCAAGCAGCGGCAGGGGCUACGAUGAAGGGUGUUCAACAUGGGAAGCGACUAUCUUCAUCUCUAUCCACUCUCUUCAAAUUCAAUCACUCUCUGUCUCUUCUUACCUCUCCAUGGUCCGCCUUUCAGCAUCGUGGCGUCAAAGUCAAUGCCAUCCAUCUAAGGCCUGGGAAUGUAAUUGAAAAAUCAGGCCGUGUCUACCAGAUUGUAGAAUCAGAGCAUAAGCAGCGAGGUAGAGGAGGCGCAUUGAUGCAGAUGGAGCUUCGGGAUGUUGACAAUGGAAACAAAGUAAGUUUACGGUUCGGCACUGAGGAGCCUGUUGAAAGAGUAUUUGUUGAGGAGAAGUCUUACACUUGUUUGUACACCGAAAAGAAUUCUGCAUUUCUGAUUGAGCCUGAGACAUAUGACCAACUGCAAGUACCAUUGGACUUAUUUGGCAAAUCUGCUGCAUACCUAAAAGAGGAGAUGAAAGUUAGACUACAGUUAUAUGAUGGAAGACCUUUGGCUGCAUCAGUUCCAAAACGUGUGACAUGUAUUAUUAAGGAAACACAACCUCCAAUGAAGGGGGCUUCAGCCACCCCUCGGUAUAAAAGAGCUUUGCUGGACAAUGGCCUUACUGUUCAAGUACCUCCUUAUCUUGAAAUAGGUGAAGAAAUAAUUAUCAGUACUGAAGACGAUUCAUACCUUGGCAGAGCAAAUUAAUAAUACUACAUUUCAGCUGGAGCUAUAAUAUGGAGGAGAAAUUUUUUUUUAUUUUUUUAAAAAAGCAGAAUUGAAGAGUAGAAAUUUUGGAAGUCAGUGUUAUGCUCUACCAACCAUAUUUAUUCUAAAAUUUUAGUGUUUAUUAUGAAACCUUGUUGACCUCUAUGAAGUUGCAGCGAGGGAAGGCGAAAUUACUCUGCUGUGAAACAUUUGUCCUUUUUUUUUUCUUCUUUUUUUUCUGUGCUUGUGUUUGGAAUAAUGCUCUGCCCAUGCUUGUCUGCAGCAGGUACUUGCCUAUUUUUAUAGAUAAAUCAAUAAGAAAAAUUUA